AUGAGUGGGUCACAUCCUUCAAGGUCACAUCCCUCACAUCCCUCAACACCCCUCAGAGACACAACUCCCCUCAGGAGACCUUCCCUCAACCAAAGACACAACUCCCCUCGGGGACCUUCCUUCAACCAAAGACACAACUCCCCUCGGGGACCUUCCUUCAACAAAAGACACAACUCCCCUCGGGGACCUUCCUUCAACCAAAGACACAACUCCCCUCGGGGACCUUCCUUCAACCAAAGACACAACUCCCCUCGGGGACCUUCCUUCAACCAAAGACACAACUCCCCUCGGGGACCUUCCUUCAACCAAAGACACAACUCCCCUCAGGGGCCUUACUUCAACCAAAGACACAACUCCCCUCGGGAACCUUCCUUCAACCAAAGACACAACUCCCCUCGGGGACCUUCCUUCAACCAAAGACACAGCUCCCCUCAGGGACCUUCCCUCAACCAAAGACACAGCUCCCCUCAGGGGCCUUACUUCAACCAAAGACACAACUCCCCUCGGAGACCUUCCUUCAACCAAAGACACAACUCCCCUCGGGGACCUUCCUUCAACCAAAGACACAACUCCCCUCGGGGACCUUCCUUCAACCAAAGACACAACUCCCCUCAGGGGCCUUACUUCAACCAAAGACACAACUCCCCUCGGGAACCUUCCUUCAACCAAAGACACAACUCCCCUCGGGGACCUUCCUUCAACCAAAGACACAGCUCCCCUCAGGGACCUUCCCUCAACCAAAGACACAGCUCCCCUCAGGGGCCUUACUUCAACCAAAGACACAACUCCCCUCGGAGACCUUCCUUCAACCAAAGACACAACUCCCCUCGGGGACCUUCCUUCAACCAAAGACACAACUCCCCUCAGGGACCUUCCUUCAACCAAAGACACAACUCCCCUCGGGGACCUUCCUUCAACCAAAGACACAACUCCCCUCGGAGACCUUCCUUCAACCAAAGACACAACUCCCCUCGGGGACCUUCCUUCAACCAAAGACACAACUCCCCUCGGGGACCUUCCUUCAACCACAGACACAACUCCCCUCGGGGACCUUCCCUCAACCAAAGUCACAACUCCCCUCGGGGACCUUCCUUCAACCAAAGACACAACUCCCCUCGGGGACCUUCCUUCAACCAAAGACACAACUCCCCUCGGGGACCUUCCUUCAACAAAAGACACAACUCCCCUCGGGGACCUUCCUUCAACCAAAGACACAACUCCCCUCGGGGACCUUCCUUCAACCAAAGACACAACUCCCCUCGGGGACCUUCCUUCAACCAAAGACACAACUCCCCUCGGGGACCUUCCUUCAACCAAAGACACAACUCCCCUCGGGGACCUUCCUUCAACCAAAGACACAACUCCCCUCGGGGACCUUCCUUCAACCACAGACACAACUCCCCUCGGGGACCUUCCCUCAACCAAAGUCACAACUCCCCUCGGGGACCUUCCUUCAACCAAAGACACAACUCCCCUCGGGGACCUUCCUUCAACCAAAGACACAACUCCCCUCGGGGACCUUCCUUCAACAAAAGACACAACUCCCCUCGGGGACCUUCCUUCAACCAAAGACACAACUCCCCUCGGGGACCUUCCUUCAACCAAAGACACAACUCCCCUCGGGGACCUUCCUUCAACCAAAGACACAACUCCCCUCGGGGACCUUCCUUCAACCAAAGACACAACUCCCCUCGGGGACCUUCCUUCAACCAAAGACACAACUCCCCUCGGGGACCUUCCUUCAACCAAAGACACAACUCCCCUCGGGGGCCUUCCUUCAACCACAGACACAACUCCCCUCGGGGACCUUCCUUCAACCAAAGACACAACUCCCCUCGGGGACCUUCCUUCAACCAAAGACACAACUCCCCUCGGGGACCUUCCUUCAACCAAAGACAGAACUCCCCUCAGGGGCCUUACUUCAACCAAAGACACAACUCCCCUCAGGGACCUUCCUUCAACCAAAGACACAACUCCCCUCGGGGACCUUCCUUCAGCCAAAGACACAACUCCCCUCAGGGACCUUCCUUCAACCAAAGACACAACUCCCCUCGGGGACCUUCCUUCAACCAAAGACACAACUCCCCUCGGGGGCCUUCCUUCAACCACAGACACAACUCCCCUCGGGGACCUUCCUUCAACCAAAGACACAACUCCCCUCGGGGACCUUCCUUCUCCACACAACUCUCUCACUCUCUGGAUCCCGGUAAUGGCCCCCUCUCCUUGCCCCUUGGAAAAUUAGAAUAG